AUGUCUGGAGCCCUAGAUAUCUUGCAGAUGAAAGAGGAGGAUGUCCUCAAAUUCCUUGCUGCAGGAACCCAUUUGGGUGGCACGAAUUUGGACUUCCAGAUGAAACAGUAUAUCUACAAAAGAAAGAGUGACGGCAUCUGCAUCAUCAAUUUGAAGAGAACUUCAGAAAAGCUUCUGCUGGCAGCUUGUGCCAUUGUUGUCAUUGAAAAUCCAGCUGAUGUUGGUGUCAUCUCAUCCAGGAACACUGGCCAGCGAGCUGUUCUGAAAUUUGCUGCUGCCACUGGCGCCACAUCUGUUGCUGGACAUUUCACACCGGGCACCUUCGCUAACCCGAUCCAGGCAGCUUUCAGGGAGCCUCGCCUCUUGGUGGUCACUGAUCCUCGGACAGAUCACCAGCCUCUUACCGAAGCAUCUGACAUUAACCUUCCAACCACUGCAUUGUGCAACACAGACUCCCCACUUCACUAUGUGGACAUUGCCAUUCCAUGUAACAACAAGGGAGCUCACUCAGUGGGUCUGAUGUGGUGGAUGCUGACCCGUGAAGUCCUCCGUAUGUGUAGUACCAUCUCCCAUGAACACCCAUGUGAGGUCAUGCCUGAUCUUUACUUCUACAGGGAUCCAGAGGAGAUUGAAAAGGAAGAGCAGGCUGUAGCUGAGAAGGCAGUGACAAAGGAGGAGUUUCAGGGUGAAUGGACUGCACCUGCCCCAGCAUUCACUGCUACUCAACCGGACGUGGCUGAUUGGUCUCAGGGAGUACAGGUGCCAUCUGUGCCCAUUCAGCAGUUCCCUACCGAAGGUCAAAGUGCUCAGCCUGCUCCAGAGGACUGGUCUGCGGCUCCUACUGCUUAG